AUGGCCGCCGCCGGUGAAGCACGUGUGAAGGAUACCUUAGAAAGAUCUCUUGAAAUCAUUGAACGCGAUCAYCUUAGACCAAUACAGGGAAGUUCACAUAUAUGUGCUUCAAAAUGCUGUGAGAAUAAAACAUUCAGCAAAGAUGGUUUACAGCAAUGUAUGAAUAGAUGUUUUCAGCCAUUACAAGAAAUGCAUAAAUAUAUUGAACAAGAAUUGGGCAGGUUUCAGGGUCGUAUAAGUCGGUGUGCACAAGAAUGUCAAGAUAAAGUACAAGAUAAAGUUGACACAAAAACUAGUCAAGCAGACAUUGCAGUUUAUCAACAACAAGUUGAAAAAUGUGUAGAAAACUGCUGUAAUUCACAUAUAGAUAUCGCCAAAAAUAUGUUUGAAAAAAUGAAAAAAGUAAUUGCGGAGUCUGCCAAAGCUGUAAAAUAGUAAGCAUUGAUUGAUAAUAUUUUUAGGACAAAAUGAAUCUUUCAGUAUUAAUGAUGGGAAUAUGGAUGCAGUAGUAGGCUGUUAAGGCACAAUACCCUUUGUUCUUAUUGCCAUGAGUGCCAAAAAACAGGGAAUUCAAUGGUUUKAAAUGGCCUAGCUSAAAAGGAAAUAUUAGACAUCAGAUCAGAUGUACGAUUCAUGUAAAAAAGUUGUUGUUGUUGUUGUUGUUUUUGCACACUUCCACCAGGUUGACCCUGGACUUCAAUAAAAUCCACGUAACAGACAUUAGAA